AUGUCGAAUGAAGAACGUCGAUCAUUUUUUUUAAGUCGAGCUCAACAGCAGAAUAUUGUUUCUUCCCCGAGUAUUCGUUUUAAUGUUGUUGAAAGAAUUUCCACUCGUGAUUAUCAAAAUUAUUUUGAUGAAAAAAUACAAAAACAAAUCGCACUUCAUGGAUGUAAUGGGUUUGACCAAUGGAUUCGCACAUCGGGCGUAGGAAAGUCAACUUUCAUCAAUACAAUGCGUGAUUUACCACCGGAUCACCCAAAAGCUGCAAAAGCGUGCAGUAACAAAGAAGGUACAACGAAUGUAGGAGCAUAUCCAGAUGUAAAAAAUCCAAAAGUAGUUUAUUAUGAUUUUCCUGGUACCGGAGUUCCAAACUUUCCUAUAAGAGAAUAUUCAGAAACAUUCCAACUUAACUCAUACGACUUCUUCAUCAUUCUUGUAUCUAAUCGAUUCACAGAGAAUGAUUGUUAUCUGGCUAAUGAACUUCAUAAAUGUCAAAAGAAAUUCUUCUUUGUUCGAACAAGAAUAGAUCAAGAUAUUACAAAUGAACGUGAAGAUAGAGGCGAUGAAUUUAAUGAACAAGUUUAUCUCGACGAAACAAAACAAAUUUGUCAAGAAGAUUUAAAAAGUAUUCCUGGUGAACAUCCUGUUUAUUUGAUUAGUGGACGAUUGAAAAAUUAUACGAAAUGGGAUUUUCCAAAACUUGUUCAAGAUUUAAUUGAAAACGCACCGGGUUUAAAGCGAGAAGCACUUGUUCAUACAAUUAGUGCCAAUUCUCAUGAAGCUGUUGAACAGAAAGGAGCUCUUAUUAGAAGUCGGAUAUUUAAAGUCGCUUUAGCUUCAGCUGGUAUUGCUGCUGUACCUGUUCCUGGAUUGUCAAUUUGCUGCGAUGUAGCUCUCAUGGUCAGGGAAAUACAUUUGUACCUAAAAGAUUUUGGUGUUGACAAUGAGGCAAUUGAAAUUCUUUCGAAAAGACUUGGUAUUAAUCUUGAAGACCUAGUAAAGGUUAUCUAUGGUGCCAAAAUGGUUUUUCUCGAUGCCGAUGACACUGGAAUAAGGAGACUACUAAUAGAAAAACUUAGUGAAACUGCAAUCGUUUAUGCAGCUGAAGAAGGUGCCAGAUAUUUACCACUUAUUGGACCAGUUAUAGCUUCGGGAAUAUCAUUUACUGCUGUGUAUAAGGUUUUGCACUAUUUUCUUGAAGAAAUCAUAGUACUUGCUCAUAAACGUAUUGAUCAAAUUGUUGCACAUUCUCGAUAG